UCAGCUGUUUCUUUUGCGGAAUCAUGGGGAAAAAAUAACCAAGUUAAUACAUCAAAUCUUAGAGCUAUUCGAUCUCUUGGUGAACACGAAACCUUUGGAGAAACUGAAGGGGUAAGAAAAUAUGGUAGAAAUGAUGAUGAAAAUUAUGACGAAGAUCGAUAUGAUAGCUUGACUCAAUUUUACUUUGACAUGAUGAUGGAAGAUGACAUUAAUAAGAAAGAACCUACAUCAACAAUAACUGGAAUGAAUAACAAUAUAGAUCCUAAAGCUCAAUUAAAUUGUAAUAUUGGUAAAAUGACAAAUGAUGAUAAUUCUAUGUCCAGAUUAAUAUGUAAAAAUGAUCUAUGUAGAAAAAUUAAAAAUGCCUUAAGAACCAUUGAUAAAAUAACAGAACGAGAAAUGUACUUUAUAUUAAGAUCGCAUGAGUAUGCUAACACUAAGGUAGAUGCAGGAGGUAGAAGCAUAACAGCAAAGUUUAAAAAAUUUCUAUAUAAGCAUAAAGUAUUUUCCCCAAUUUUGGCAUUUGCAUUAAUAUCAUACAUUUGCGUAAUGUACUUUGCAGCACCAGGAUUUGGUACAUUCUUUGCACUAGCAUCUGCUCUUACUUCAAUUUAUCUUCUUUCCAAAUACACAGAGUGCUUCAAUACACUUAAAAAAUUCUCUGAACAAUUCGCAAAACAAUCCCGAGAUGAAUAUCGACAACGACUAAAAUGCGAAGUAGAUAACGAAGAAGAAAGCAUUCUUGAUUCCAUAAAUAGCACGGCUAACUCAACAGAGGAUAUAUAA